CGGGGUUUCCUCAACAGCAUGGCGAACUUAGAGCAUGCCGAAGACGACUCCAAACAAGUGAGAAUGUCAGGUGAAAUCACCGCCGCCACUGCUCACGUCCAGCCGGCAGGAGUGUCCUCUGCACCGGGCAGAGACGCCGGCGCUGCGUCGUGCUGUAUCCCGUCGUUCGCUGCCGCCUCCGAGCUGCUGUCAGCACCGUACUCGUGUCUGGUCAUGAACACGCAUCGGAGACACAUCGCUCUGCCGCCCGUGUACCUGAACAAGAAGAGGACAGGUAUAAAAGAGGAGCUGGAGGCCGAGUUGCUCAGGUUCUCUCAGAGUCUAAAAGGAGUACCCAUGGCAUAUGACAACAUCAGGAUAGUAGGCCAGCAUGGAAACAUCUAUGAUGACAGUGGAUACAUCCACAUGGACAUAGAGGCCGACUUCAUCGUCUUUCAGCCCACAAAAGGACAGCAGCUGGUGGGUAAGGUGAAUAAACUGGGUGUGAGUCAUGUAGGCUGUCUGGUGCACGGCUGCUUCAAUGCCAGCAUACCCAAGCCCAACCUGGUGGCUGUGGAAACCUGGCGGGAUGCAGGGCCCAGAAUCGGAGCAGAGCUGGAGUUUGAAGUGACAGCCCUCGAUGCUGAUAUUUUUGGGGUCCUGCUGAUCAGAGGACGACUAGACAGGACCAGGGUGCAGGAGCUGCUGGCUUUGGGUGAGAGCUCAGAGUCCAAUGGAACCACAGACUAUUCAGAACCAGCAGAAACAAGCCAAGAACCCACAGAGGAGUCUCCUGUCGACGGCCAUAAGAAAACAAAGAAAAGGAAGAAAGUAGAAAAGGAGCAGACAGGGGAGGAGAUCCAAAGUUUACCCACUAUUUUGGAAAGCAACACAACACAAGAGCUGAACAGAACAAUGGAUGAAGCAAACGGCAAUGAGGCUGGUGAGAAAAAGAAGAACAAAAAGAAAAAGGAAAAACAUGUGAAAGAAGAGGAGGAGGAGAUUGAGCUCUCUCAGGUGCAAGGCGGCAGUGACUCGAGCGGUUAUCUUACCGACAAGCCUAAAAAAAAGAGGAAACAUGAAACUAGUUCAGAUGUCGCAUCUAGUUUAAGUGAUAAUGUUGAACCACCAAAAUCCAAAAAGAAGAGGAAGAGUGACAUUGAGCAGUUUGCCUAAAAUAUGAAUCAUAUUCUGUUAAGGAAUCAGGCUUAUCGUGUUAUGUUGAGGAAUAUACUGGCGUGCCUUAAUAAAAACACUGUUUUUAGAAUCAACUCUUGUACUAGGUAUUUCUGAAGCGGUUCAGACUUUCAGGUUGGGCUUUUCUACCGUUACAACUUCUAUUUUGGUGAAAACAACCAAGAGGAUGAAGGCAACCCUGACCCAAAGGACCUCAUCAGGUUGUAAUUCCUUAAACUGCCUGAAGGGGGCACAAAAAUACUUCAGAAAUCCACACCUGGACACAGAAACAAAUGGGGGAAACCUUGUCAGAUUCAAAUACCACUUAUCAGUAAGUUGUGAUAAUAAAAAUAGGCCUGGUCUUUUCUUGUAUUUGAUUGAGCCAGUUGGGAAAAAGUUUACAAACUCAAGCAUAUUUUGUCCUGCCUGGAAACUGAAAGUAGGUUUCUGAAACUUUUAUUUUUUCAUUCCCAACAUGUGCCUCGAUGUUAAAUUCCUAGGCUCAGUGACAAACAGUUUUAAUGAAUUAUUGAAUGACUGUUUGUGUACUCUGUCUGUGACUGAAACCAACAGAAAUGUAAAUUAAAUAUUUAGAUCCUAAUUAAAGAUCUGUACAUUUCUAA